CAGAAGUUCGCUCGUCGUCCUGACUCAGUAACCUUGUUUGGUUUGGGUCACUACAGGUAGCAGCGAUCGAAGCGCACAACAAUACUUACUUACUUAGGUGUUGCGUGGUCGUGGAUGAUCGAUGUGAGAGAAGUAAUAUUAAACACUUCUGUGACCUACUGUUUUCGAGCGCAAACAUCCCUUCUAGGCUUCGAACUUCAGGAGCCAAGCGGACGCGUUUGUAACCAGAGCACACACUGGCGCAGUACUCUAUGUUUUUGUGGCGGUUUCUCAAUGAAGUUCUUACUCUUUUUACCUAGAAGUAGAGGCCACCGGUUCUUCCGCGUUUUUUUAGAUAUACUU